AUGCUUCCCAGCCUGGCCCACAGACCGUGGCAGGUCUUCUGCAGAGUCUCCUGGCGGCACAACGCGAGCUUCCCCCAGCCGUACCUCGGUUGGCAAACCGGGGGCAAUUCUAGCUCAUGGUUCAGACCCCUCAACUGUCGCGUUGCCUCGCUUGGAGCGGCCAAGGUCCACUUCUACUCCACUUUAGGAAGCAAAGAUGGACCUCCAACAUCUCCAUCGAAUACAACUGAAAAAGUGAAACCCAACAUAACCAUGACAGGCUCUUUAAUUAAGGGGCUGACAAAAGCAGAGAAGAUUCAAGUAAAAGUCCGGGCCGUCCUGAAGAAGCGUGAAUAUGGCGCCAAGUACACGCAGAAUAACUUCAUCACAGCCGUCCGAGCCAUGAAUGAGUUCUGUCUAAAACCGAGUGACUUGGAGCAUCUUCGCAAGAUCCGAAGACGCAGCCCUCACGAUGACACUGAAGCCUUCACAGUGUUCCUACGCUCGGAUGUGGAGGCAAAAGCCCUGGAUGUGUGGGGAAGCCAAGAAGCUCUGGCAAGGGAGAGAAAUCUCCGGAAGGAAGUGGAAAGAGAGUACCAAGAAAAUAUCUUUCGUAGUCAACAGCUAUUGAAAGAAUACAAAGACUUUUGGGGAAACACAAAGCCUCGAUCAGGCAAAAGGACAACAUUUCUACAAGGCCCAGGCAAAGUAGUCAUGGUCGCUAUUUGCAUAAAUGGUUUAAACUUCUUUUUUAAACUGCUCGCAUGGGUCUACACGGGCUCGGCGAGCAUGUUCUCCGAGGCCAUCCACUCUCUAGCUGACACCUGCAAUCAGGCCCUGCUGGCUCUGGGCAUAAGCCAGUCAGUGCGCAACCCUGACGCCGGGCAUCCGUAUGGCUUUUCCAACAUGCGCUACAUCGCCUCCCUCAUCAGCGGUGUGGGCAUUUUUAUGAUGGGUGCUGGCCUCUCCUGGUACCAUGGAAUUAUGGGACUUCUGCACCCAGAACCUAUUGAGUCUUUACUAUGGGCAUACUGCAUUUUGGCAGGUUCCCUGGUGUCAGAAGGAGCCACACUACUGGUAGCCAUCAAUGAGAUAAAGAGAAGUGCUCAAAACCAUGGACUCUCCUUCUAUGAAUAUGUAAUGCAGAGUCGAGACCCAAGCACCAACGUUGUGCUUCUUGAGGACACCGCUGCUGUGCUCGGUGUUAUUAUGGCCGCUGGCUGCAUGGGACUCACAUCGCUUACAGGCAAUCCCUACUACGACAGUCUGGGCUCAUUGGGAGUGGGAACGCUUCUUGGCACAGUGUCAGCCUUCCUUAUCUACACCAACACAGAGGCACUGUUGGGACGCUCCAUUCAGGCCGAGCGUGUCCAGAAACUCACAGAGUUCUUGGAAAAUGACCCUGCCGUGAGAGCUAUCCACGACGUGAAGGCCACCGACAUGGGACUUAGCAAAGUGCGCUUUAAAGCAGAAGUCGACUUCGAUGGCCGAGUGGUGACCCGCUCUUAUCUGGAAAAGCAAGACAUUGACCAAAUCCUCAAUGAUAUUCAGCAGGUGAAGACGCCAGAAGAUCUGGAGAACUUUAUGCUGAAACAUGGUGAGAACAUCAUUGACACCCUUGGCGCUGAGGUGGACCGCUUGGAGAAGGAACUCAAGCAACGUAACCCAGAGGUCCGCCAUGUAGACUUGGAGAUCUUAUAG